GCCUUACCACUUCCAUUUUCAUUCUUCGUACAAAUUUUAUUUGCCAUUUUGCACAUAACAUUUGUAUCUACUGAGGUGUUUUACUUUCCUUGUUUGUUUAAAAGCAUAGAAAAACAUCAAAUCCUGAGAUUACAAAAUUCUACAAUUCGCUGAACAAUCAAAGUUCCCCGCCAUCAAUUCUUGAGAAAUUUCAACAUGGCCACCAACGGCGCAUCGGAGGAUACGGAUCUAUAUGCCAUCCUAGGUAUAAGUAAAGAUGCUACAAAGUCUGAGAUUAAGAAAGCAUACCACAAAGCAGCGCUACAGCAUCAUCCCGAUAAGGUAGCAGAAGACCAAAGAGAGGAAGCAGACGAGAAGUUCAAGACAGUGAGCCAAGCCUACGAAAUUCUUUUUGACGAGGAGAAGAGGGAAAUGUACGAUGUUCACGGCAUGGCUGCAUUUGAUGGAAGUCGACCUGGUAUGGGAGCAGGCGGGGUUGAUUUGGAUGACAUUUUGGCGCAGAUGUUCGGUGGGGGAAUGGGUGGUAUGGGAGGUAUGCCGCCUGGAUUUGGGGGACCCGGAGGCCCACGAAAACCACGAAGGGGAGCGGACGAAGAGCAACCAUACAAAAUCACCCUCGAGGACCUGUACAAAGGAAAAACUGUAAAAUUUACGAGCAAGAAGAACGUAAUUUGCAGCCAUUGCAAAGGCAGUGGAGGAAAAGAGAAAGCCAAGCCAGAAACCUGUGGCAGGUGUAAGGGUAGUGGUGUCACCGUUGGUCUUAGAAGCGUUGGACCAGGACUUGUUACCCAAGAAAGAGUUACGUGCGACACUUGUUCAGGAGCUGGUACAAAUUAUAAAGAGAAGGACAAGUGUAAGAAGUGCAAAGGAAAACGUACCACCAAGGAACAAAAGUCAUUGGAGUUAUAUAUACCCAGAGGUGCCAGAGACGGAGAGCGAAUUGUUUUAGAGGGUGAGGCUGAUCAGGUGCCUGAUCAAACGCCUGGCGACAUCGUCUUCAUUCUUGAUGAAGAAGAUCACGAAACGUUCCAGAGAGCUGGCGAUGAUCUUUCUGCAGAGCUCAGCAUUACUUUAGCUGAAGCCCUCACAGGGUUUUCAAGAGUGGUCUUAAAACAUUUAGAUGGACGUGGUAUCUCGAUAAACCAUCCUCCAGGAAAGGUACUGGAGCCCGGGCAAAUCUUGAAGAUAGAGGGCGAAGGUAUGCCUUUGAAGAGAAGCGACUCCAAGGGUGAUUUGUAUUUGAUUGUGAAAAUUGAAUUUCCCCAGAAUGGUUGGACAGAAGAUGCGGCUACAUUCUCCACUCUGCAAUCAGUUUUGCCUAAACCUGAGCCACCAAUCACGGCCGAGGAGGUUGAUGAGGUGGAAUACGAUUCAGAUGCCGACAUUGAAGAUUUCGGUGCAAAUUCUGGAGACCCUCGUGCUGGUGGCGAAUGGGAAGAUGAUGAAGAAGAUGAAGGAGGUGCUCAAUGUGCUACCCAAUAAACCUUUGGAAAUAGACUAGAAUUAUGCGCGUCAAGACUCGAGUUACCAACUGGUAGCACAUUCUGGGUUGGGUCACUUGGGAUAUAGAGCGGUAAAUGGGACUGCGGUAGAAGAAGUUGUGGAAGGCAUGGCGUUCCGGGAUUUGUUCCAGCAAACAUUGUAAGAAAUUCCCAAUAAUGAAGCGCCAUAUUUCCGCAUUACAACUUAAAUAUUGCACCUUCCAUAAUCGAAAAGGGAUACUGCUUCGAAGAAAUGCCAUCUGUUUCUAUUUUGUAGCAUGUAUCCAUUCUGUUGUUUGUCGAAGUGAUGCAGGAUUAUCGAUACCUAGAUCCAACUGAGUUUUGCAUCUUGAAUUUUAUACAUGACAAAUUUCGAAUAAUCUGAAACCUGAAUGACCAUAUUCUCAACUACACUUAUUAUUAAAUACAAUUUACA